AUGGCCAAACCGUCCUCCUCGGCGCUCAAUCGAUUAGCACAACAAGCCCGCUUCCUCUCUUCUGGUCCUGCUCGCUGCAUGGCUUCCCAGUACACCCCUCGCGUCAUCGGCGCUCCUAACACCCUCGAGCACCGGGUGUACAUCGAGCAGAAUGGCCAGGUCGUCUCGCCCUUCCACGACAUCCCCCUCUUCGCCGACCAGAACAACGGCAUCCUCAACAUGGUCGUCGAGGUGCCGCGCUGGACCAACGCCAAGAUGGAGACCUCCAAGGAGGAGCCGUUCAACCCUAUCAAGCAGGACGUGAAGAAGGGCCGCCUGCGCUUCGUGCGCAACUGCUUCCCCCACCACGGCUACAUCUGGAACUACGGCAUGUUCCCCCAGACUUGGGAGGACCCGUCCCAGUCUCACGUGGAGACCAAGGCCAAGGGCGACAACGACCCCCUCGACGUCUGCGAGAUCGGUGAGCAGGUCGGCUACGUCGGCCAGGUCAAGCAGGUCAAGGUCCUCGGUAUCAUGGCUCUCCUCGAUGAGGGCGAGACCGACUGGAAGGUCAUCGUCGUCGAUGUCCAGGAUCCUCUGGCGUCCCGCCUCAGCGAUAUCGAGGAUGUCGAGAGGUACUUCCCCGGCUUAAUCAGGGCCACGAACGAGUGGUUCAGGAUCUACAAGAUCCCCGAUGGAAAGCCCGAGAACCACUUCGCCUUCUCCGGUGAGGCCAAGAACAAGCGAUAUGCGACCGAGAUCAUCCACGAGUGCCAUGAGGCCUGGCACCGUCUCAUCACCGGCGAGAGUCCUGCGAAAACCGCCUCAUACGAUAUCUCCAUUCGCAACCUCACUAUCCCCAACUCCCCGGGAUACACCAAGAAGGACGACCCUGUCUACACCAGCUUGCCUCCCGACUCCAGGAAGCCUCCUGCACCCAUCGACCCUGCCAUCUCCAAGUGGUUCUACAUCGCUUCCACGCAACUAUAA